AUGGGGAGCCUGGCCCUCUUCCUCCCCGCGGGCUUUCUCCUCCUCCUCCUCGCAGGCACCGAGGCCUGGGGCCACCAUGGCGUGGUGCACGUGGUGUCCGGCAACUGGAGCAGGGACUACUGCGUCCUGCUCGGCCCCGACGACGUGACCCUGCCCCGCGACCUGCGCCACGCCCCGCUCCUGCCCCUGCACGAUGGCACCUCGGCGUCCUGGUGCCCAGGCAAGGGCUCUUCCCACCAGGCCGGGCCCGGCGCCCCUAGCCAGCGGCCUCUCCGCCGGACCAUGGCCAUGGCCACACAGAGCAGCUGCAGCCUCCGCGCUCAAGGCCAGCUGGCCCAGGGAUGGGGUGCCCACGGGCUGCUCAUCGUGGGCCACGCCAGCGACCAGCCGUGCUCAGACGCCAGCCCGGCGACCCAGCACCCCCGUGGAUCCCCGUCAGGCCUCCACAUCCCAGUGGCCAUGCUCCGCCACGCCGACCUGCAAGACAUCCUGCGCCACACCCGCGGGCUCAUCCGCGUGGCCAUGUACGCGCCCCCGGAGCCCACCAUGGACUACAACCUGCUGGUCCUCUUCAUCCUGGCGGUGGGCACCGUGGCCGCAGGCGGGUACUGGGCCGGCCUGUCUGAGGCCCGGCAGCUGCAGCGGCCGCGGGCUCGGGGAGGAGGGGGAGCUCCUGGUGGUCUCCAGCAGCCAGAAGCAGAGGCCCAGGAGGGAGAGGGGGAGGACGAGGACACACCUGUGGACUUCAUGCUGGCCAUGGUGAGCGCAGUGAUCACCCUGUCCUGUGUCACAGCGCUGCUGUACUUCUCCAACGACUGCUUCGUCUAUGCCACCGUUGGGCUCUUUGGCCUGGGUGCGGGCGUGGCCGGCGUCGGCCUGUACAGCUGCCUGGCGCCCCUGGUGCGCCGCCCGCCUCCAUGGCCACGGCCGAGGCCCCUACACCGCCGCUCGAGCCUCAUGCAGUGGCCCCCGUGGCUGCUGGCCGGCCUGUGCACCCUGGUGGCCCUGCUCUGGGUGGCCUGCUGCCAUGAGGAGUCCUGGGCGGGGCUGCGGCAGGACGGACUGGGCCUGGCCUGCUUCCUGCUG